AUAUGAGCUUCAAAGCGCAAGUGUGAUUAUAGAUGGAGUUCCGUGUUUUCUCAUAGAUAUAUCUGAUGGAGAAAUACACUGCGAGACAGGACCGCAUAUUGGGUCAGUUAUAACUAAAGUCGAAGUACAAAGGGCAGGAAAUGGCAUAGCCAAAGAGGCUUCAGAUUGUGACGCAAAUUUCCAGUAUAUUGAUGUUUGGUCUUCUCCUUUUACAUGGGGUGGUGGACCAUUACCGGAAAAAGGAGAAUUUGUUGUCAUUCCACCUGGCACUACUAUAUUAUUAGAUACAAAUACACCGAUUUUAGGUUUUCUACUAAUUCAAGGAGGACAUCUAGUAUUUGAUGAGAAGGAUAUAGAGUUACAGGCAAAUAGCAUACUGAUAACUGAUGGUGGACGUUUGCAGAUAGGGUCAGAAGCCAAACCCUUUCAACAUAAAGGGAUAAUAACAGUACAUGGUCAUAUCAGAAGUAAAGAACUGCCGGUAUAUGGAGCAAAGGUCUUAGCUGUUCGAAAUGGAACAUUAGACAUGCAUGGAAAACCAGUUUCUCCGACAUGGACCUAUUUAUCAGUUACAGCUUCAAAGGGUUCAGAUAUUAUACAUUUAGAAUCACCUGUAAUGUGGGACGUCGGAGAUGAAAUCGUCAUAGCAUCCACAGGUGAUAGUAAGACAAACAAUGACAAUGAAAAGAGGGAGAUAUAUUCAGUCAUCAACGAUGGAAGGACUCUUAUUUUAACAGAACCAUUAGAAUCUGAACAUGCAAAUGUCCAUGAAAUAUUCGACGGUCGAUUAGUCAGAAUGAGUGCUGAAGUUGGUCUUUUAACACGAAAUAUUAUUAUCAGAGGCAAUGAUGAUACGCAGUGGCAUGACGAAAUACAAACUUGUGAUUUUGAAUAUAAAUCAGAUCGUAGUUCAUUCAAAAGAUGCAGCAAUAUGAUAUAUGAAAAUGAGUAUGAGCAUGGAAGCAGUCAGUUUGGUGUAGCAAUUAUUGUCCAUCCACCUGUUCGAGAUUGUCAAGCAUCAAAAGUUCAUAUAUCAUUUGUAGAAAUAACAUUUGCUGGUCAGAUUUUCAGAUUAGGACGACAUCCACUUCAUUUCCUUCAAAACGGUAAUAUGGCAGGAAGCUUUGUACGAGCAUGCAGCAUUCAUAACACAUUUAAUAGAGCCGUUAAUAUUCAAAGCUCAAAAAAUAUACAUAUUGAGAGAAAUGUCAUAUUUGACAUCCUUGGUGGGGGUUUUGUAUUAGAAGAUGGAAGUGAAACCGGUAUUUCUCUUUCACAAAACCUUGCUGUUUUUGUAACUGGAUGCACAGCUUUAACAAAUGACGAUUUAACUCCAGCAGCAUUCUCGUUGGCAAAUCCAAAUAAUUCGGUUCAACACAAUGCUGUAGCCGCAGGAACACAUCAUGGAUAUUGGUAUAAGCUGGAUUACCAUUCAAAAGGUGCAAUCUAUAAAAAGAAUUAUGAUAAAGAUCACGUUCCACUUGGAUCGUUUCGGGUCAACUCGGCACACUCUCUUCGAGGAUAUGGGCUCUAUAUUUAUGAAAAUUAUUUUCCAAAACAACAUUAUCACGAAGACGACACACUAGCGACCUUCCAUAGUUUUACAUCCUGGAACAAUAAAAAGGGUGUAGCUGUUGGUAACAUCGGAAAGGAUGUUAAGUUUGUCAAUUUAACCUUAAUUCAAAAUCGACUUGCUGGUAUUGAAGUUAAUACUGUUCCAAUAGAUAUUCCAAGGUACCAUGAAAAUUCAUCUUUUAUUCAAGACUCUCUCAUAGUGGGGAAAACAACCGUGUUACCAGAAAAAGAUCACAAAUGCACACAGGGAGGUAUUAUUUUACCUCUAGGGAGGGGAGCAAUGAUUAAAAAUGUAAGCUUCGUAAAUUUCUCUCAAAAAGAAUGUGCGGCAUUCCGAUGGACACGUAUUCUUCCCUUGAGGUGUCCCUUUCUUUGUGGUGGGUUUACAUAUCAUCUAGAAAACAUGAAAUACAUCAACGCCCCAAAUAAAGCGAUUUAUGCUUGGGACUGGGAAGGAAUAAUUCUUGACAGGGACGGAACUUCUACUAAGAAAAUUGCUAACUGGACAGUUUUGCCAACUUCAGGAACUAUUCCACCUGAAUGUGAAUCUGCUCCAGAAUUUAGUAUUGGUCAUGCUGCAAGUUUAUGUCCUCCAAAAUACAAAUGGCAUAGGUUUUCUUUCAACAACUAUAGAGUAAACCGCUUUUAUUAUCAUUAUAACCAUAUACGUCAGAGAAAUUUCAUUAUUUCAAACAAGUAUGGAAUAAGUACACUCCCAUAUGCUAAUAACCGAUUUACUCACGUCAAAGGCUGGAUGUGUAAUUUGUUGAGUAAUACAUCAUACAAAUUUGGAUUUGAGAACUUGACAGCUUUUAACAACGUUAGUUUCUAUGGCUCUUUUUACGAUUUUGAGGUUCGUAUUCAAUACUUUUUAUGUAGCUAUAUUUUGCAUUUCCUAUUAAUUUAA